AUGGACAGCGGGCCAGGCGGGCCCCAAGGAAACCCAACGGGCCCCCACCUAACCCCGCCCCACUGGCAACUGCAGCGGCAGGCCCCCGCAGUGGUCCCGACCUGGGCCACACCGCCCGUAGCAAAUCGGCCCCCAGCAGAAGGGCAAGGCGCACCACCAGGGUGCACGGACGACGGGCACCCCCCAGCCCCCCCGAACCCCGACGCGCAGGAGCACAGACCAACCCGCAACCCGCCAGUACCCCCCCAGACCGCCACAGACCCAAAGCCGGACCCCCAGCCCAUCCGACCUGCCCCCCACCGGCGGCCGCACACCAACGGGCAGGCCCACACUGCGCAGCACCAGAACACCCCCUGCGGGCAGCACCCAGCCCCCACGCCAGGCCCCCCAACCCAGGGGAGGACCCCGGGCCCACCCGAGGGGCGGAAACAGCCCCCCAGGGGGGACCGGCCACGCCGCCCCAGGCCCAGGGAGCACGAGGAGACCCCGCCCCCCCAGGCACACAGGGCGAGCAGUCCAGAUGCAUCCGCCCCCAGGGGAAACCGCCCGGCCCCGCAAUCCCCCACAGAGCCAGGGAGCAGGCCCAGAUUCAAAGGGAAGAAGGUGCACCUAACACAUGCUUAA